AUGAAGGCGAUUGAUGAACCUCCCUAUUUGACAGUGGGCACUGAUGUGAGUGCUAAAUACAGAGGAGCCUUUUGUGAAGCCAAGAUCAAGACAGCAAAAAGACUUGUCAAAGUCAAGGUAACAUUUAGACAUGAUUCUUCAACAGUGGAAGUUCAGGAUGACCACAUAAAGGGCCCACUAAAGGUUGGGGCUAUUGUGGAAGUGAAGAAUCUUGAUGGUGCAUAUCAGGAAGCUGUAAUCAAUAAGUUAACAGAUGCUAGCUGGUACACUGUAGUUUUUGAUGAUGGUGAUGAGAAAACAUUGAGACGAUCCUCACUGUGCCUAAAAGGAGAGAGGCAUUUUGCAGAGAGUGAAACAUUAGACCAGCUCCCACUCACCAACCCUGAACAUUUUGGCACUCCCGUCAUAGGAAAGAAAACAAAUAGAGGAAGAAGAUCUAAUCAUAUACCAGAGGAAGAGUCUUCUUCAUCCUCCAGUGAUGAAGAUGAGGAUGAUAGGAAACAGAUUGAUGAGCUUCUGGGAAAAGUUGUAUGUGUAGAUUAUGUUAGUUUGGAUAAAAAGAAAGCACUGUGGUUUCCUGCAUUGGUGGUAUGUCCUGAUUGUAGUGAUGAAAUUGCUGUGAAAAAGGAUAAUAUUCUUGUUCGAUCUUUCAAAGAUGGCAAAUUUACUUCAGUACCAAGAAAGGAUGUCCAUGAAAUUACUAGUGACACUGUACCAAAGCCUGACGCUGUAUUAAAACAAGCCUUUGAUCAGGCACUUGAAUUUCACAAAAGUAGAACUAUUCCUGCUAACUGGAAGACUGAAUUGAAAGAAGAUAGUUCUAGCAGCGAAGCAGAGGAAGAAGAGGAGGAGGAAGAUGAUGAAAAAGAAAAGGAGGACAACAGCAGCGAAGAAGAGGAAGAAAUAGAACCAUUUCCAGAGGAAAGGGAGAACUUUCUUCAGCAAUUGUACAAAUUUAUGGAAGACAGAGGCACACCUAUUAACAAACGACCUGUGCUUGGAUAUCGAAAUUUGAAUCUCUUUAAGUUAUUCAGACUUGUACACAAACUUGGAGGAUUUGAUAAUAUUGAAAGCGGGGCUGUUUGGAAACAAGUCUACCAAGAUCUUGGAAUCCCUGUCUUAAAUUCAGCUGCAGGAUACAAUGUUAAAUGUGCUUAUAAAAAAUACUUAUAUGGUUUUGAGGAGUACUGUAGGUCGGCCAAUAUUGAAUUUCAGAUGGCACUGCCAGAGAAAGUCGUUAACAAGCCUUGUAAGGAGUGUGAAAAUGUAAAAGAAAUAAAAGUUAAAGAAGAAAAUGAACCAGAAAUCAAAGAAAUAAAGACUGAAGAGGAAGCGAAUAUAAUACCAAAAGAAGAAAAGCCUCUUGAAGAGGGUAUUGAAAGCAAGGAGCCUCAGCCCUCUCAGGGGAGUAAAAAGAAUUUAUUAGAAUCUGUGCCUCCACAAUCUGAACAGGAAAAAGAAGUUAACAUGAAAAAAACAGAAGAAAAUGAAAAUGUGGAAGAUAAAGAUGGUGAGACAACAGGAGCAGAUGAAUCCCUCAGCAUAAAGGUAGAAGCUGAAGAAGAAAAAGCAAAAUCUGGAGAUGACACGAAUAAGGAGGACGAGGAAGAUGAUGAAGAAGUAGAGGAGGAGGAGGAGGAGGAGGAGGAAGAGGAUGAAGAGGAUGAAGGCCACAAUGAGGAAGAGGCGCUUGAGUGCUAUCCACCAGGCAUGAGAGUCCAAGUGCGGUACGGACGAGGGAAAAAUCAGAAAGUGUAUGAAGCUAGUAUUAAGGAUUCUGAUGUCGAAGGUGGAGAGGUCCUUUACUUGGUGCAUUACUGCGGAUGGAAUGUGAGGUAUGAUGAAUGGAUUAAAGCAGAUAAAAUAGUAAGACCUGCUGAUAAAAAUGUGCCCAAGAUAAAACAUCGCAAGAAAAUAAAGAAUAAAUUAGACAAAGAAAAAGACAAAGAUGAAAAAUAUUCUCCUAAAAACUGUAAACUCCGGCGCUUGUCAAAACCGCCAUUUCAGACAAAUCCAUCGCCUGAAAUGGUAUCCAAAUUGGAUCUUACUGAUGCCAAGAACUCUGAUACAGCUCAUAUUAAAUCCAUAGAAAUCACUUCUAUCCUUAAUGGACUUCAAGCUUCUGAAAGUUCUGCUGAAGACAGUGAGCAAGAGGAUGAAACAAGUGUUCAAGACUUAGAUAAUCAUGGCAAGGAAGAAUCUAAGAUUGAUCAUUUGACCCACAACAGGAAUGAUCUUACGUCCAAAGAGGAACAGAACAGUUCAUCUUUGCUUGAAGAAAACAAAGUCCACGCAGAUUUGGUAGUAGCCAAACCCUUGUCGAAAUCUCCAGAAAGCUUAAGAAAAGAUAUGGAAGCAUUAUCUGAAGAUACUGAUUAUGAAGAAGAAGAUGAAGUCACAAAAAAGAGAAAGGAUAUCAAAAAGGACACUGCUGAUAAAUCUUCAAAGCCACCAGUGAAACGUGGUAAAAGAAGGUACUGCAAUACUGAGGAGUGUUUAAAAAGCGGCUCCCCAAGUAAAAAGGAGGAUAAAGCCAAGAACAAAGAAGCCCUUUGCAUAGAAAAUAGUAGCAAUAGCUCCUCAGAUGAGGACGAAGAAGAAAAGUCCAAAGCCAAGGUGACACCCACUAAGAAGUACAAUGGUUUGGAGGAGAAAAGAAAGUCUCUACGGACAACUGGUUUCUAUUCAGGAUUUUCAGAAGUGGCCGAAAAAAGGAUAAAACUUUUAAAUAACUCUGAUGAAAGACUUCAGAACAGCAGAGCAAAAGAUCGAAAAGAUGUCUGGUCAAGUAUUCAGGGUCAGUGGCCUAAAAAAACGCUGAAGGAGCUUUUCUCAGACUCUGACACUGAGGCCGCCGCCUCCCCACCCCAUCCUGCCCCAGAAGAGGGGCCGGCUGAGGGGUCCCUGCAGACUGUGGCCGAGGAGGAGAGCUGCUCCAACACCGAUCUGGCCGCCCCGCCCUCGGCUGGUGCAGAGGGCAAGCCCACUGAGGAGAAGCCAGCGGAGGUCGGUGACAAAAAGUCGGAAUUUCCGAGCAGCGGCAGCAAUUCAGUGCUCAAUACCCCUCCCACGACACCCGAGUCCCCUUCCUCAGUCACCGUGACGGAAGCCAGUCGGCAGCCUCCUUCUGUAACAGUGUCAGAGCCGCUGGCCCCAAACCACGAAGAGGUCCGCAGCAUCAAGAGUGAGACCGACAGCACGAUCGAAGUGGACAGUGUCACUGGGGAGCUCCAGGACCUGCAGUCGGAAGGCAACAGCUCGCCCGCGGGCUUUGAUGCCAGUGUGAGCUCGAGCAGCAGCAAUCAGCCUGAGGCGGAGCAUCCUGAGAAAGCCUGCACAGGUCAGAAAAGAGUGAAAGAAGCUCAGGGAGGAGGAAAUCCAUCAAAAAAGCAGAAACGGAGCCAUAAAUCUACAGUGGCAAACAACAAAAAGAAGGGGAAAGGCACAAAUAGUAGUGAUAGUGAAGAACUCUCUGCUGGUGAAAGUGUAACUAAGACUCAGCCCAUCAAAUCAGUCUCCACUGGGAUGAAGGCUCAUGGUACCAAACCUCCUGCCAGGACGCAGUCUCCAGGAAAAUGCGGGAAGAAUGGCGAUAAAGAUCCCGACCUCAAGGAGCCCAGUAAUCGAUUACCCAAAGUUUACAAAUGGAGUUUUCAGAUGUCGGACCUGGAAAAUAUGACAAGUGCUGAACGAAUCACAAUUCUUCAAGAAAAACUACAGGAAAUCAGAAAACAUUAUCUAUCAUUAAAAUCUGAAGUAGCUUCCAUAGAUCGGAGGAGAAAGCGUUUAAAGAAGAAAGAAAGAGAAAGCGCCGCUACGUCCUCGUCGUCGUCGUCCCCUUCAUCCAGCUCCAUAACGGCCGCCGUCAUGUUGACGCUAGCUGAACCGUCGAUGUCCAGCGCAUCACAGAACGGGGUGUCGGUUGAGUGCAGGUGA